CAGUCGAUGGAUAUAAACCCCCUUGUCAUUAACGGACGACGAUAUCGAUUCCUUGGGGCGGACGAUGCCAGGCACUGAGGCAGAUGCAUUCGUCCCCUCACUUAUCGACCAAGGUCGUGAUCAAAGGGGAUGGAUACCCUUGAAAUCCGCUCCGAGGAGGGAUGGUCCUCCCAGUCUCCCACUACGUCGUCCUUCUGUUUGAUCUCGUACAAUCCAUUGGAAUUUUCCUCAAUUAUCCCCACGUUCGCUCUCUGGCUGCGUCUACCUCGUCGCAAAGUCAGGGUCUCGAGUGGUUCGUCGCUCAUGCAAGCUCCGGGAUAUCUCGCUGUACGCCAUUCCAUCCUGCACCUCGUUUCCCUUGGCAGGCCGUCCAGUCCAUGCAGAUGGCAGCAUAUCGAAAGCAUACAGUGAUUUCGCAGUCGAGAUUACGCUUGCAGAGGACGGGAUGUUUGGGGAACGAAUAUUGCCCAGCGUCCGGAUGCCGGUGUCUCGGGCGUGAGUAUCCACACUCGAGCAUAACUACGGCAUACAUGAUACACUACCUAUGCGCUCUAUGCGCAUCAUCUAUCCUAAUAUCCUAGUAUACACUGUCAAUCUGUCAUACCUCCGCAUCAUGAACGGCGCUACUUCCAUCGUUUGUUAGAUCGUUAUUGCGACUAUAUUGCGUGGGGAUUGCGGAGGUAGCUAAGGCGACUAGUCUCUCAUGUCGGAUUGUCUAUGGUCGAUGGAUGUGGGAUACCUG